AUAUAGUGCAUGUACAUAUAGCUGCCGUGCCCACACCUACCGCCACAAAAAUGUGAAACGAAUUCUUCAGUCCCUGAUCAUUUGAUUUCUCCUGUCUCAUUGCACGCAGAUCAGACUUGAUUAACGUGGCUGAAACGAAGGAAAUAUUCAGUAGGAAUUGAUGUCAUCUUGUCACCAGAGGUGAAGUGCUGAACCCUAACUCCGGCAGCACCGCCAGCAUUCCUUGCCGAGCUUCUGGCUCUGGGGCAUUCUCUCCCCUUUCUUCUGCGACGGUAGCCCCUAAAAAUGGCUGCCUCAUCAGGCUCAGUCACGGCAGAUGGUCGCAUGCGGCUCUUGGGGACGUCAACGACAAACCAGAGUGUGGAGGAUAUGCACAACUUGAAUAUCCACGAUGAGUUUGACCCGUUUGACGCCUAUGCUGAGACCGAGAAGAACGAACCCACGAUGGUAGAUGGGACCUUGGCUGCACCGCCACAAAAUGAGUGGUAUCAUGGCCGCAUGGACCGGAUGACAGCUGAGAUGAGACUCAACGGUGCUCGAGUUGGCAGCUAUCUGAUCCGGGAGAGUGAGCGCAAGCCUGGCUCCUAUGUCCUCUCUUACCUUGGUAUCAAAGGAUUCCAGCAUUUCAGGAUCACGGCAUUGUGUGGCGACUAUUACGUUGGCGGACGACAGUUCCCAUCCCUGGCUGAAUUGAUUGGUUAUUACACUCACGUCUCCAAUAUCUUGAAGAAUGAGAGGUUGCUUUAUCCUGUCCCUCCGCCUGAGCCUCUGAUUGAUGACAGGAAGAAAGUUGUGGCUGUCCUGCCUUAUACUAAAGUGCCUGACACAGAUGAGCUCAGCUUUUCUGCAGGAGAGGUGUUUGUCGUCCAUAAUGAAUUGGGAGACGGUUGGCUAUGGGUCACUUCCCAAAGAACAGGAGAGAGUGGCAUCGUCAUAGAUGACCUGGUCAAAAGCAUAGAUAAAGAUACUGACAUAAAUGAAGGGAAAAUAUGGUAUCAUGGCAACGUCUCCAAAGAGGUUGCAGCGGAGUUACUACUCAAAGAGGGCGAUGUCGGCAGCUAUUUGGUUCGAAACAGUGACAAGAACCCUGGUGAUUACUCCCUGUCGUUCCGCGGGCCCACAACAAUCCAGAGGUUCCGAAUCCAGAAACAGCAGCAUCAUUACAUGAUGGGUGGACGAACUUAUCACAGUUUGGAUGCCAUCAUUGACCAUUACAAGAAUGAAGAAAUCGUCAACGGUUACAAGUUAGGUGCACCAGUUGUGCCAAAGAAUUUGAAGAUGAACCGCAUAAAUCCAGAUUCCACUGUCAACUACGAGGACAUACGCCGGAGGAGAAGCAGCGGAAUGGUUAUCAUGACAGGAACCGGCGAUCGGAUCGCAAGGCAGGGCUUCCUGAGUAAAAAGAGCUCAAAGCACAAGAAAUGGAAGACGUACUUCUUUGUCUUGAACAGUACUGAACAACAUUUGUACUAUUUUGAAAAUGAUAAGAGAACCAAACCCAAGGGUUUGAUUGAUCUGGGCUACGGCUCAGUCUACAUGGUCCAUGAGAGCCUGUUCAACCGACCCAACUGUUUUCAGAUUGUUGUGCGUGCAAUGAGUGAUGUUGAAGUCUUCUACCUGAAUGCUGAAACACCACAGUUGGCUCAGACUUGGACCCAGGUCCUGCGCUCCUGCUGUACAAGGGCCAGCUGGACCCAGACAACACGGGCCAAGAGUUCCGGCAUCAAGCAGCUGAAGAGCCUCAGCCUGCACAUCUUGGAGGCUCACAAGAUCCCCUCCCGUCAGAUCUCACACCCAUACUGCGUCAUCUCCCUCAACAACAUCAAGGUGGCCCGCACGCCUAUCCAGGUGGCCCCAGACCCCGUCUGGAGUGAGGAAUUUGUGUUUGAUGACUUCCCUGAUGAUAUCGACUCCUUCACGAUAGACAUCUUCAACGGUGCCAAGCGGGCCAAGCCCAUCCCUCUGUGUCGCACCACCCUGCUGUUGGUACAGUUACCCAACGGGGUGGUGGUGGACCAGUGGUACACGCUGAUCGCUCUGACCUCCCAGGGACGAGGGGAGAUGGGUUCGAUACGAACCAGGGCCCAGUUCCUACAGGAGACCCUCAUGCCGCUGGAGGAGUAUCGUAGUCUUCAAGAGCUGGUGCUGUGCGACAGUGACUAUCAUUUCAUCUAUGCCCUGGAGGAUGCCUGCUGCAAAGACAGGUCCAACCUUGCCAGCAUCCUCUUGGACAUCUUCCGCCACCAACAGAAAGAAGUGGAGCUGCUGAAGAAACUCAACAGCAGGGAGAUUGAAAAAGAAGAGGAGAAGUCUACACUGUUUCGCUCUAACACGCUGGCGACAACGCUGAUGGACAAGUACAUGAAGAUCACAGCUCAGGAAUUUGUGCAGCACGCACUGCACGAUGUCAUUAUCAAGAUAAUGGAGUCCAAGCAUUCGUGUGAGCUGAAUCCACUCAAGGUAGAAAAGGGAGAUGAUGUAUCAGAGAAUUGCGAGUAUUUGUUGGAGUUCCUGAAGGAAAUCAUCGAGUCCAUCUUUGCAUCUGGGACUAUGUGCCCUCCGGCACUGAGGUAUCUUUGCUGGUGUCUGAAGCAGGACGUGAGGCAAAAGUGGCCAGACGAUCCCAACAUAACGGCUCGGGCAAUCGGAGGGUUUAUCUUUCUACGGCUCAUAUGUCCAGCGAUACUCAACCCCAGGCUUUUCAACAUCGUAACAGAGGCUGCGUCACCCAUGGCGAGUCGCACUCUCAUGAUUGUUGCCAAGGCGAUACAGAAUCUGGCUAAUCAGGUGGAAUUUGGCACUAACUACAAGGAGGCCUACAUGGUGGUCAUCAACCCUUACAUUGUCAUCAACAAAGGCAGGAUGUGUCAUUUCCUUAACGAAUUAGCGACUGUCACCGAGUGUCCACCCCCAGGGGAAGUUCCUCCCAUUGAUCUAGCCAGGCAACUUGCAGCUCUGCACCAACUGUGUGUUACUUACAUCAAAGAAUUACAACAACUCAGCGUAGUUCAGCCUAGUUUGAAGAAGCUGCUGGCAGUCACAGAGAUGCUGACACAUAACAGGAAUCAAUACAUGGGGCGGUCCACGACCCUGGUAUGAUCCAACGAGCCGCUGAUCUGCUUAGCCAGUAGAAGAAGUGGGGACCUCACACACCGCUGUCAGUCUUUGGAGGUGAGGAGCUACUCAAACCAAGGUGAUGUUUACCUGCUCGCUGUGGUCACUGUGCUACAGAAGUCAGGUUUUUUUUAAUGUUGCGGAGGUGCUAGCACAAAGAGUUAAUGUCGAAUGUUAUGUUGGCUGGUAAUGUGAGCAAAACUGAUUCCCUGUCAAAGAAGUCUAUACAAAAUGAGGCCAUGUGAUGGCUUCUGUAGGACUGCUGUUGGUCCAAACCCCUAACCCUGGUAGCCAGGUAAGUUGUUGAUCCUAAUGAUUGAUGGAAAGUUUUGUUGUCGAACUAGCCUUCCAUUAGCGAGUCCGUGAUCACCAGAGAAGCAGUUCCCUCUACGAUGUAAAAAAUGCAUGUUUUUCACUCCAUCAAAAUCAUGAAUAAAUUAAAUUUGGAAAAAAUUAUUUUUAUUUAUAACAGAUAUAAGUUUGCUUUUCAGUUCAUCAUAGAGUAAGUGUUCUGGUAAUUUAACAAGGAAGUCAAUUUUUGAGUGAAUUCUCAAAAACUUGACUAUCAAUUACAUAGAUUUUCAAUUUCUACAUUUUGAUACUUAUCAGUAUAAAUACCUACAAAGGCUACUUUUAGUUAAGGUCUGUAAAUCCUCAAAGUCAUGUCAGUGGGCGUUUUGGUAAAAAAACAAAGUAAUACCCGCUGAUGCCAUUUCCAUAGAUUCUACACUAGAAAGAAAUUUCUUCUCAAGCACAUACAUGUGCACUUAUCUUAAUCCUAUGACAAAUUGAAGAAAAUCCAUGUUGAUAAUGAAUGUCGACCACAACUGUACAAUUAAAGCUGACAUACAUGUAGUGACGUACAGUGGUUGGCAGCAUUGUCUAAGAUGGCAGCAUUGUGUAACAGUGGACAUGUACAGUACAAUGUAUCCACAAACACUCAAUCACAUCCUUGUGCGUUCACUGCGUAUUUGUAAUACGAGGCUUACUGUUUAAACGCCACAGAUUCUUCCUUUUAUAGCUUGAACGUCAAGUGUAAGAAACGCCUUCGUUAAUGGCAGUCAGGUGGGAAUAUUGCCCCCCUUUGUUUUUAAUGGUGCGAUGAAUCAUUAAACAGAAUUUGUAGUUGAUAUGAAGAGUGAUUGGUUAUUGUUUUCAGCUUUGAAACAAGAACUGUAUCAGUGCCUACACAUCCGUUUGUAUUUUGGUCUAAACUUCAGCAGUGUACUUUCAGAAUUAUUGCUUGGGACCCGUGCUCAUGGCACUUUCAAGUAUCUCUAUUCUGUGCUCUCAAUGCUGUGGUCAGUGUGGCUAGCCUUACUCACUGUCAGUAGUCAAGACCAUUGCAAGACCGGACACAAGACCAGACACAAGAUUAGACAUAAGGCCAGUUACAAGACCAGACCCAAGGCCAGUCACAAGUAAUAGA